GGCUCGGCUCCCCCCCUCUCUCCUCCGCUGCUGCUGCUGCUGCUGCUUUCGCGGGCUCGCUGGCGAUCGGCUGCACCGGGCAAAGGAGCGGGCAGCGGCCACGCUCAACCCUCCCCGGCAACCCGAAGCAGGGAGAAAGGGAAGAACCGCGGGAAGCAGCUGCAGCCCCCGGGGCUUCUGGCAGCCUCGGCCAGGAGGGGUAGCGGCGGCGGCGUUUCCCCCAGCGCUGCCCGGCAGUUUCUGGAUCAGGGAGGAGGGCAGCUUCUCCCUCCGCUUCCUCCGCUGGAAUUUGGCCCCCUCUGCCGCAGGGGCUCGCUUCCUUCCCCCGGAGACCCCCCGACCGUCUCUCGGCGCGCCGCAGCUGCCCGGGGACCCGCCGCUCGGGUGAUUUGCGGGCAGCCGCUCUCGGGGGGGACGCCCCGCUGCAGCCUACGGAUCCAUGGCCACCGGGGCGGUCGAUCCGGUCUACGGACUUUCGGAAGAAGAAGAAGAAUCUCGUGUCCUUCGAGUUAAAGUCGUAGCUGGAAUAGACCUUGCCAAAAAGGACAUCUUCGGAGCCAGUGAUCCUUACGUGAAACUUUCGUUGUAUGUAGCAGAUGAAAACCGAGAACUUGCCCUGGUGCAAACGAAAACUAUUAAAAAAACUCUAAAUCCGAAAUGGAACGAGGAAUUUUAUUUUAGAGUAAAUCCAUCUAAUCAUAGACUGCUGUUUGAAGUGUUUGAUGAAAAUAGAUUGACCAGAGACGACUUUCUGGGUCAAGUGGAUGUGCCACUUAAUCAUCUUCCGACUGAAGACCCAACUAUGGAAAGACCUUAUACGUUUAAAGAUUUCCUUCUUAGACCAAGAAGUCAAAAAUCUCGAGUAAAAGGGUUUUUGAGGCUGAAGAUGGCUUACAUGCCAAAAAAUGGUGGUCAAGAGGAUGACAAUGAUCAGAGAGAAGAUUCAGAGCAUGGCUGGGAAGUAGUUGACUCCGCAGAUUCCCCUUCUCAGCGCCAGGAAGAAUUACCUCCACCUCCCUUACCUCCUGGGUGGGAAGAGAAAGUGGAUAACCUUGGACGCACCUACUAUGUCAAUCAUAAUAACAGAACGACACAGUGGCAUCGACCAACUUUGAUGGAUGUGGCUUCUGAAUCUGACAAUAACAUCAGGCAGAUAAACCAGGAGGCUGCCCACCGAAGGUUUCGAUCAAGGAGACACAUUAGUGAGGAUUUGGACCCUGAGCCCCUGGACAGUGUUGAUGUCCCUGAACCAUGGGAAACCAUUUCUGAAGAAGUGAACACAAGUGAUUCCUUAAGCCUGACCUUGCCCCCUCCGCCUGCUUCCCCUGUUUCUCGGACCAGCCCUCAGGAAUUCUCUGAGGAAUUGAGUAGAAGACUUCAGAUCACUCCUGAUUCAAAUGGGGAACAACUCUCUUCUAUGAUUCAAAGAGAUCCCUCUGCAAGGUUGCGAUCUUGUAGUGUAACUGAUGCUGUUGCUGAACAGGCCCAUUUAUCACUGCAGAGUGGCCCUUCUAGAAGACUUCGUUCUUCCACGGUCACUGGGGGUGAAGAUUCGACGCCAUCGGUGGCCUAUGUUCAUACUACACCGGGCUUACCUUCAGGCUGGGAAGAGAGGAAAGAUGCUAAGGGCCGUACUUAUUAUGUCAAUCAUAACAAUCGCACUACAACCUGGACUCGUCCUGUCGUGCAGCUUGCUGAAGAUGGUGCUUCUGGGUCAACAUCAAACAGUAACAACCAUCUAAGCGAGCCUCAGAUAAGACGGCCUCGUAGCCUCAGUACUCCCACAGUUACAUUAUCUGCACCGCUUGAGGGACUUCUCAAGGACUCUCCUGUGCGAAGAGCCGUGAAGGACACCCUUUCUAAUCCACAGUCUCCUCAACCAUCUCCAUAUAAUUCUCCAAAACCACAGCAUAAAUUGACACAGAGUUUCUUACCUCCUGGCUGGGAGAUGCGAAUAGCACCCAACGGCAGACCUUUUUUCAUUGAUCACAACACUAAGACCACAACAUGGGAAGAUCCCCGACUGAAAUUUCCAGUUCACUUACGGUCAAAAGCGGCUUUAAACCCAAAUGACUUGGGCCCCCUUCCUCCUGGUUGGGAGGAAAGGAUUCAUUUGGAUGGAAGAACGUUUUAUAUAGAUCAUAAUAAUAAAAUUACCCAGUGGGAAGAUCCCAGGUUGCAGAAUCCUGCUAUUACAGGUCCAGCUGUUCCGUAUUCCAGAGAAUUUAAACAAAAAUAUGACUACUUCAGGAAGAAGUUAAAGAAACCGGCUGAUAUACCAAACAGAUUUGAGAUGAAACUCCACAGAAAUAAUAUUUUUGAAGAAUCGUAUAGAAGAAUCAUGUCUGUGAAGAGACCUGAUGUAUUAAAAGCUAGACUCUGGAUAGAAUUCGAAUCAGAAAAAGGCCUUGACUACGGAGGUGUCGCCAGAGAAUGGUUCUUCCUGUUGUCCAAGGAAAUGUUUAACCCCUAUUAUGGGCUCUUUGAAUAUUCAGCAACGGACAACUAUACUCUUCAGAUCAACCCUAAUUCUGGACUUUGUAAUGAAGACCAUUUGUCUUAUUUCACCUUUAUUGGCCGUGUUGCUGGACUGGCUGUGUAUCAUGGAAAGCUUUUAGAUGGUUUCUUCAUUAGACCCUUUUAUAAGAUGAUGCUGGGAAAACCAAUAACCCUAAAAGACAUGGAGUCUGUGGAUGGUGAAUAUUAUAAUUCCUUGAAAUGGAUUCUGGAGAAUGAUCCCACAGAACUGGAUCUUAUGUUUUGCAUAGAUGAAGAAAACUUUGGACAGACAUAUCAAGUUGACUUGAAGCCAAACGGGUCAGAAAUCAUGGUCACAAAUGAAAAUAAAAGGGAAUAUAUAGACUUAGUCAUCCAGUGGAGAUUUGUCAGCAGGGUUCAAAAGCAGAUGAAUGCAUUUCUUGAGGGAUUUACUGAACUCCUGCCCACUGACUUAAUUAAAAUUUUCGAUGAAAACGAAGUGGAGUUGCUAAUGUGCGGUCUUGGCGAUGUUGAUGUGAAUGAUUGGAGACAACAUGCAAUCUACAAGAACGGAUAUUGUCCAAACCACCCUGUCAUUCAGUGGUUUUGGAAGGCUGUUUUACUGAUGGAUGCUGAAAAACGUAUCCGGCUUUUGCAGUUUGUAACUGGGACGUCACGAGUGCCUAUGAAUGGAUUUGCUGAACUUUAUGGUUCAAACGGUCCUCAGCUGUUUACAAUAGAGCAAUGGGGAAGCCCUGAGAAGUUACCCAGAGCUCACACCUGCUUUAAUCGCCUUGACUUACCUCCGUAUGACUCUUUUGAAGAAUUGCGAGAGAAACUUCUAAUGGCCGUUGAAAAUGCUCAAGGAUUUGAAGGAGUGGAUUAAGUGGGCGCCUCCUCCUGCUGCUGCUUCUUCAUCUUGUUAUUCUUCUUCUUGUUAUCUUAUUAGUAAAACAAAGAUUCUGUUCUCGGAGCAAGUUCUGCAAGCACUUUUUGAUUUUCCAGCAGACUUUUUUCAGGAUAUGGAGCAGAACGAUUGCACAAUGGAGCGAUGUCUGAAUCCAGCAAUGGGAAAUAACUUUCUUUCACUUGUGGAUAGUAUUUCUGAAAUUUCCACAACAAAUUACCCACUGGUUGAUGUAUACUCCAAUGACAUUUCAGCAGGACUUGUCUAUUUAUGUCGUGCCUCUGUAGGCAAAAGCCCUUAAUAAAUGUUUUACAUACUUUUUAAUGGCAAUGAAUGGAAUUAAUCAUUUUACAGGUAUAGUAUUACAGUUCACGUUUACUUUGGAACAAUGAUUUUUCAAGUUUUAUUUCCUUGCAAUUAAAAAAAAAAACACCCAAUAAUGUACUGGAAGAACGAACUCAUUUUGUUUCCUCUUAAUUUGUCUAGACUGUGUAUGUAUGCCAUCAUAAGCGUUCUGUUCUCCCCAAAAUCUGCUUUUUCGUUGUUGUUUUUAGCAUCAUGCUCUUCUGGUCUUUUAGAAUAAGUAAUAUAUUUUUUUUGUAAGAUGUUUUCUGCAAUUGGAAAUAUCCUAAAGUACCAAAUGCCUUUUUAAAUGUGUGCAUUGUGAUUUCACAAACCGCAACGAAAGCAAAAUUUGUGAUGGGGUGGAGACAAUAUUUCUACAAAUUGCCUGGAUAUUCACAGGAAAAUCACGACAUAUUCCAGCAUGCCAAAUCUCUCCUUCAAUAAUGAAAUUGCCUCCCUAUUUCUUAAUAGUAUUUAUAUGUAUUUUAGCAUUUUUGGUGAUGGGUUUGGGCACUAUUGUCAUGGGGGGGGGGGGAAUGUUUGAUUGAUUGUUGUAUAAUGACUUUUACCCAUUCUUUCCUCUCACAAUGGAGGCAAUUUGAAUGAAUCCUGAUCUUGCUUGAUCUCAAGGCUGUAAAAAGUACUUUUCUGUUUGUAUGCAUUUGUUAGUAUCUAAAUGAGACAGAUUUUUUCCCCUUUAUUUUUGAUUGCACCACUUCUAUAAGCACUUUAUGUACCACAUGGAGAUCUUUUUUUUUUUUAAUCAUAAAUAUUAAUGUGAUAGUAUGCCUUCUCCUUGCCCAUGUCUUUUUGGUGCAAUAUCUUUCAGUUGUGAACUCUGGCAAUGGCUAAUGAAGUACAGAAAAAACUAGAGAGAGAGAGAUGAACUUAGCGAUUUUAGUUGUAUUUUGUGGUGUUGGGCUCCACCCACACCAAAAUUUAUUUAAUAAAUGCAGUUAUCUAGCCAGUUUUAUAACGUAUGACAUGUUGCAUGAAUAAAUGAUAAUACCUGUAUUGUAAA